AUGACAUUGGAAUUACGGGGCUAUGCUGAGGAUGAGAGGUAUGCUUAUGGAUACAUGAAUGUGAUUAGGAAUGAUGGGCGCGGGUCGACCGUGUGUCUAGAAAUCCUAUCCUAUGUCAAAGCAAAGACAAAUAACGAGGUGCGACGAGAACCACUGCAGGAUCUCUGA